CUCGGGUCGAAAGCUCAUGUCAAGUUAGCCCCGACUUCGAGUUUCUGCUUGCGCGCUUGCUGUCUCCCCCGGAUCACGGAGUGAAGAUCUUAAGAACAAGAGGCAACUCUUUCUUCUUAGCCCUCCCUGACUCCCAGCUUCCAUUCUUUGAAUCCCAAUCUCAAGUCGCAUCCGUGCGCAAAACAUAGCCUAACAUGGCCAACAAGCAAGGCAAGAUGCAAAACCUCAUCAACUAUCGGAUGAGAGUUACUCUGAACGAUGGUCGACAGAUGACGGGACAGAUGCUCGCUUUCGAUAAGCACAUGAACCUCGUCCUCGCCGACACAGAAGAAUUCCGUCGCGUCAAGCGGAAGUCCAAGCCUGCUGCCGGAUCGACCACUGCGAGCCUUGUCGAAGCCGAAGAGAAGCGGACGCUCGGUCUGACUAUUGUCCGUGGUACUCACGUCGUCUCUUGCUCCGUUGAUGGUCCCCCGCCUGCCGACCCCUCCGCACGUCUUGGAACAACCGUUCCUGGUGCUGCUGCCGCGGCGGCUACCCUCGCUGCUGGCCCUGGCAUUAGCAAACCCGCUGGACGUGGUCUGCCAGUCGGACUUGGAGGUCCUGCCGCUGGUGUCGGUGGACCGCCCCCUCCCCCUGGUGGUUUUCCCGGCUUCCCCCCGGGUGGCUUCCCUGGCGCACCGCCUCCGGGCUUCGCUGGUCGCGGAGGACCUGCUGGAGGACCUCCCGGCUUCGCUCCCCCUCCUGGAUUCGCGCCUCAAGGUGCUCCUCCGGGCGCUUUCCAACCUCCUCCGGGUUUCCAGCCUCCGGGUCAGGGCCGGGGUUAUCCUCCUCCCGGAUUUGGCGGGCGGUGAUUUGGUACUAGGUGGCGUGACAUGAUAGCUUACCAUCUGGCUAUGGCUUCGAUCAUGGCGGAUAUGAGUUUGAUAUUGAGCAUAAGGCUUAGAAAUCUCGCUCUCGGUUGUUGGCCGAAGGAAGCUCCAACCACCCAAAGCACAGCAACCCAAUUUUUUAUUAUCAGGCAAAGGCGUUUCGGCGUGUGCGGAUGCUCCUCAGAUAAGAAAAGGUCGACCAAAAACAACAAGGCUACGAUCGGCGGAAGCAAUGUUAGAAUUUCUUCCAGCAAGCAAGCACUGUACUAUUCUAUCAUAAUGAAAACCCAGAGCUUCA